ACGCUUCCUAUUUCCAAUGCAACUACUUACUUCACCAAGCCUCCUAGGCGUUCGGAUUCUCACACUAGAUGCUACCGGACCUGAAUACUCGCGCUGGCGACGCAGUGUCAGGUUUGCUUUGGAAACGAAAAAUCGGUGGAAAUACUGCAAUGGCAGGCGACCGAUGCCGAUGCCAAAGGCAACACCUGCCAUAGCCGAACCUAACGAUAUACAACCAAGCUUACUGGAAGAACGACGAGAAUGGGUGCGACGAGACCGCGAGGUCAAACUUGACAUAUUCCAGUCACUAGCAGAAGAAGUGAUGCAGGAUGUAUUCGGUGUUGGCCCUCCGCUUCCCCCCACACAGUACACUGCGCAGCAAAUGUUGCAAGCACUAGACAAUCGGUUUAGUGUCUUUGAGUUUGAAGGCUACCACCACGCGUUCUGUCAUUUUUUGAACUUGCACGUGGAUCAGUACGAGAGCCUCUAUGAUUUCAACAAGGAGUUCCUAACGGUGCUGGAGGAUCUGCAUGACUAUGGCCACCCAAUGUCCAACGUCCAAGCAUGCAGCGCAUACUUCUCCAAGCUGCAAUGCACACAGAACCCAUGGGUAGCAAAGAAAGUUGCAGAGUGGGAUGUCCAACCUUUGGAGCCGCAGCUCUGCGAUCUUAUGCAGGCAGCAGUGCUCUGGCCGAGCACCAAGUCUCUUGCAUGCAACUCAUGGCGGGACUGCUUUACGAAGCCCAAACCAGAAGAG